GUGAAUUUAGUGUCUUAGUUUCGUAUGUACGGUACCUCUCACUUGUAAAUAUGGUCCGUAUUAAAAAUUGCUAAAUUAUUUUCCAGGCUACCAUAUGUGCCUUGAGUAUUCUGAUAUUUCGGAUAACCUGUACAUAUUCAUUGUACUGUACUUGUUAAUGUAAUGUUAGCCCUUUGUGUCCAAUGUAACAUCCAGAGAAAUCGGGACAUUGUCAUUUUUAUUUUACACUUCUGUUGUCAGAUAUUCAGUGGUUGGUUUAGUCUUUUCUUCACAUUACUGGCCGCGUGGUUUCUACCCAAGGACAGCCAAAACGUUCUCAGAAGCGCUGUGGUCACUUCACUUGUCUUUAGUUGGUUAGGACAGGUGAACAUGGCGACAUUUCGAUAGACUUUGUGUAAGAAUAGGUGCGUAUACUGUGUGUAACUCUUUUUGCUGUUUCAGCAACCAUACUUUAUGAAACAUCUAUACAUCAUGAUUUCGAUUAAUUUCUAUGGUUCUAAGGUUAUACGAUGUAUUUCAGUCUGUCAUCAAUUGUAAGAAGAAGACACUGGAAGUUAGUGGAGGAAAUAUGUGGAAUGCUUCAAAUUAACUUUGCCAUAUCAAGAAACAGUGGGCCAUAACUUUAAUCCUCAUUUGUAUAAAGGCUGUGAUAUAUACGGGUAGUGGAUCAGAGUCUACAGGCAGUAGUGACUACAUCAGGAAUUGAGGCAGAAGAAUGUUUGAAAAUUUUACCUUCAUUCAAAUAUAGGAUUGAACACUCAUAUAUAGGACUUCCCAACAGCAAAAACUACAACUUUAUUAAUGUUUUUAGCACAAGAUCUUGUGCACUUUCUUCCAAACUGAAUAUGAAUUAUUGUAAAGAACUAUUAUUUAUAGUGCCAAGUAUUAGGUCUUUUCUUGUAAAUAUUUAAUUUACUUUGCUUUUUGUGGGAAGUGUAUCAAUUGAUACAUUACAAAAAGUUAAGAUCCAACAUUGUAUAUGCUGUGCAAAGAAACAUUCUCAGUAGAUGUAAUAUGGAAAAGACAGGAUAGUAUCUUUUAUUCUGUUUAUGUCUUUUUUUCAUACCUCCAGUACUUGCUUCAUCUGAAUACAGACCUGAUUGGAAGGCAAUGUAUCAUGCAAUGUUCUCAUCUCGUAUGGUAGUAAAUUUUGUGGAUCAACAGCAGCAACACCACAACCACCAUCACAAUAACUUAUCUGAUACAAAUAAUAAUAAUAGUAGUAGUAAUCGGCAGAACCGAAUUCUGUCCAGUAACUGCUACAGUCACAGUCCCUUUGAGCACCCAUAUCCUCUGGAGUUACUGCAAUUAAUGGGCCUGGAAAUGCCUCCAGUGCGCAACCGAAGUUACAACAACCAUCCUGGUGGAAGAGGAGGGGGAGGCUGGAGGGAUCGUGGUAACCUUCAUGGUUCUAGCUCUUCUUUGAUGCCACCUCCUGUUUCUGUGGGAUUCCGCCCUUUAGUACAUAACUCAACUAUGAAGAGAAAUUCCUGGAACAAAAACAAUGGAAGACCACCGAGAUGUAGUCAGCGGGAUCCAUUAGCAUCCAACUCAGAUCUGUCUUAUAACUCAAGUUCUGACUCGGGUUUCUCGUCUCGAUCCCCUACUCCCAGUAAGCAGCAGUUACAACAGUCUGCACUUUCUGAUGUGAGCGCGCUACAGGCCACUGGUGAGGAGUCUGAUGAUACCAAGGCUGGCACUAGUUCAUUGGACUGUAAAGGAGUCAAACGUCUACAUGAGGUAUAUGGCACACCAGUCCAUAACAGUGCAGUUGAAAAUGGUCACAGCCAUCAGCAGCAACAUCAGCAACCAUAUUUCCAUAAACACUCGGCAUCUGCACAGUCAAUACAGACACUGCAUGGUCUUCAGUUCUAUCAGCGACAACAAUCUUGGCAUCCUGGACUAAUUCGGAAUGAGAGCCCCUAUCUAAGCAAACGACGUUACCAUUCUGGCAGACAUUCCCCACCAUUACCAGUACCUCCUCAUCGCCAUUCACGUGGAGGACGCAGACUCAAUGAAAUCCUGUUUCCUCUGUCUGGUGGACUUGGACUGCCAGUUUUUGUUGCUGCCGACCAACUUCUUUCUCGUGCAUAUCUCAUGCAGGUUACUUGUACACCGCCACAGCUUAUCUCUGGCUGUGACUGGGAUAAGCUGUCAGAAGGCAUUUGGAAUAAAUUCAUGAUACAUCAACAAACAGAAGAUACAUUUAAGAAGAAGAUUAAACUCUGGAAAUGUCUAUCUGAUUUUAUUAAGUUAUCAUUCCCACGCUAUGGACUAUACCUUGUAGGCUCCACUAUGAAUGGAUUUGGAAGUGACAAGAGUGAUGUGGAUAUGUGCCUUCAUGUACGACAUACUGAAAUGGAUCAGCGGAAUGAAGCUGUUGGUCAUCUUGAGCAGAUGUUGAAGUGUUUACGGGGCUGUGGCUUCAUAGAACAUCCAGAACUAAUCCAAGCUAAAGUGCCUAUCUUGAAAUUCCGUGAUACAUGCUUCUGUCUGGAAGUGGAUCUGAACUGCAACAAUUCUGUGGGGAUACGCAACACACAUCUGCUUUCCUGUUACUCACGAAUGGACUGGAGAGUGCGUCCUCUGGUACUCAUUAUCAAGCUCUGGGCCCACAAACACAAUAUUAAUGAUGCAAAGAAUAUGACAAUUUCAAGUUACUCAUUGGUGCUUAUGGUUAUUCAUUUCUUGCAGUGUGGUGUUACCCCUCCAGUACUCCCGUGCCUGCAUGGAAUGUAUCCGGGUAAAUUCACCCCACAUUCCGACAUCCAGAUGAUAGACAUCUAUGAAGACUUGCCACCUUUCAACUCAGAUAACAGUCAAACAUUGGGAGAGCUUCUGCACGACUUUUUGCGCUAUUACGCUGAAUUUUCCUUCAGUCAGUAUGCCAUGUCUGUGCGGUUGGCAUCCCGCGUACCAAUAGAAGAAUGUCGUAGAGCUCGUACGUACAAAAAUGACCCCCAUCAAUGGAAAUACCUUUGCAUUGAAGAGCCCUUUGAUCUCACCAACACUGCUCGAUCUGUGUAUGAUCGGGAUGUAUUUGAAAGGAUAAAAGCAGUGUUCCAAGCUUCAUACAUCAGCCUGAAGAAAACACGUGAUAUUGAGAGUAUAUUCCUCUUAGAUGAUAAGGAUUAAGAUGUGUUAAAUUAUGUUUGUCUUUGCCUCAGAAUAAUUCUACCCAGACAGGAAGAAAAUGGCAGAAAGACAAAUUUGCAUAUUUCUUGGCACGUUUUCUAUAGUGUUGAUAUCACAUUGUGAAUGUGUGGAAAGCGUUCCUUACAGUUUUAAGCCUUGUUAAUGAAUGGUGUUUGAUAUGGCCUCAUGGUACAACAACAGGUAGCACCAAUAAAGGAAAAUAGAAAUGUGCCAAUGAUGGUGUAGAGAGAAAUAAUACGAACUAGUCAAUCAUGAAAUUAAUACUUGACUGUGAUUAAGGUUGAAGCUUUAAACCUAAAAGAGAAAGCAUUUGAAUGUUUUGUUCAUUUAUGUGAUAAUAAAGGUAAUAUUUUGUUGCCCUGAAGACUGAGUAACAUCAGUAGGAGACCGGAAAGAUAAUCGAAGGUAAAAGAUCAAGGAAAGUUUUUUGACUAAAGAAUGUAUCAAAAUUUGUUACAACUUUGUGUCUUUGCUGGGAAGGUAAGCAUUUUAAUUUUUAACAAAAUAUAAGUUAUUCUUUGUUUUUAAAAUGUUUUGUAUAACACUUUUCCUUGGAGAUAUAUAAAAUUUAAAAGAGUCUAAAAAUGUAAAAACCCUAAAAUUUGGUGCCCUGAAAAUGGUAAGGACACCACAAAAAAAAUUGCAGUUUGUAAAAGUGACGUGCGAUAGCCAUUGACAAUUAUAAAAAUAACAAUCAUGAAAAUAUGCAAAGAACAUUCAGAAACGUUUUUAAUCACUGCAGAGUUACUGAUGUUAUUGUCCAAGAAAUCUCUGCAUAUAAAACUAGUUGAAUAUUGCGUAUGAAAGAGCCUGUAACUUUGUGUCGCAUCUGUUGCAGUAUGAUGAAAUUGGAAGUAGGUGUAAAUGGUUUUAAAUUGUCAUUAGCAUUAGCAUUAUUUUAAAGAUCUGAGAAGAAAUUAAACAAUAAUCAGAUGCAUGUGUUCUGUGCUCAGAGAAAAUUAUUCAAACAAAUGUGAUGUUUAUUUCUGCAUGUUCGUGUAAAAUGUGAGAAGUCUUGAUAGCUGAGACCUGAGUAUUAAAUUUGUUGUAGUAUCAUACAUGGCACCUCACAAUAACGCAUUCAUUUUUGUCAUUAGUAAGUAAUGAAACAAAAAAUAGCAAUAAUUAUGAUUAUUAUAUGUGAACUGGCAAAAUAUGAUGAGGUUUAUGUACUUUAUCUGAUUGCUUUUCAUAUUGUUUCUGUUAGUGAUUUUAAUCUGUAUUUGUUCUGUGCAUUCCUCGUAGUAAUUAUUAAACAAAACGUGAUUUAAUGGUAUACUGUAAAAUCCCGUCAGUAUGGCUUGCCAUUUGACUGAGUAAAAUAUUUGUAGUUUAGAUGUACUGUAAAGACUUGCACAGGAUUUAGUAAUUUUCUGGCUAACAUUAUUGGUGAUAUAAAAUAAUCAUUUUGGAAAGGAAUUUCUUUAUAGAGACAAGCUAAGCAACAUUUCAGUUAUUGAAGUCAAUUACAAAAAUAUUUGUUUGUCAAGAUGGUGCUCAGUUAUUUUUCUAUAAAAACCAGUAAGUCUCUAAGGGUGAAUGUAUGUAUAUAUAUGUAUACACAUAUAUAUAUAUUUUAGGUCUGUUAUGACAUGUGAUUUUCCAGGGAUAGAUCGGAGCAACGGAAGGUCUAGGAAGCUGCUUCAUGUCGCUUUUGAGUCCGAGCAGUGACUCCUUUGUUUUCAUGUCUGUUUUGGUAAACAAUUUAAGCAAUUCAGUAAUUUGGCAGAUGUGAGUGUGUGUCUAGCCUGUGUCGUUAUAACAAUUUCCUAUUAAUUUUGCAGUGUAUUUAAAGUAUUUGUUUAAUCUACCAGACUUAGAAGUGUGAUAACCAUAAAUAAACACCUGUUUAUGUGACCAGUGUUAUCUACGUGAUACGUAAUUAAGAUUUUGAUAUUACUGUUUGUUGCAUUGAGAUUCCGUUGCCUACUUUAAGAUUGUUCCAUUCUUGGAGCAGAAACAGUAAUUCUGUGACUGUACUACCAAGUAUGCACUCAGGUUAUCAGCCAUAAAGAGAAUCUUGCUGAAGUUAUAAUCAGUUUUGAUGAAAUCAUGAUAUGAAACAUUCAAGUGUCUUACAUAAUCUGUAUAUAUAAGUGCCAAAGAUUAUGUUCUUCAUUGAAUCUUUUCUGAAUUAAUAAAUUAAAAAUUGCUGGUGUUUGUGUUUGUGGUCUGUUAUAAGGCAUUUACAUAUUCAAUCAGGUUGUCUGAAUAGAAUAAUUAAAAAUGAUUGUUUUGUUAUUGGUAUUCUUUUCUUAUAAUUUUGGUUAACUCUUUUAUAAAUUUUAAUUGAGACAAUACAAAAUACAUAGUGGUACAGUAAUUGUAUGUUAGAGUGAAUGAAUGUUUUCAAUGUUUUGAGUUGAUAGUUGAUGGAUGAGGUCUUUAGUGGAAUCAUUAUUACUGUUCAUUGAGCAAAAUGGGAGGUUUGUUAUUGGUAUGUGAUCUGAUUAUAUUAACUUUGAAGCAUGGCGAGUUUAUACUAUCAGUUUACUGUUUAAAAAAGAUUUUUUUUUCUGUCACUGGAUACCAUGGGUUUUGGGUAAUGAUGUAUUUUGCGUGGUUGCUCUUUUAAUCUGCCUAAACAUUCCCAAUAUAUGCUGUCAUUCAUCCAUAUCACAUGAACAGGUUAUCGGAUAAAGAUGUAGUAGUUUUAAAUGCCUAUAUUUAAUUUAUUUAUUGCACCUACACCACUGGUUCUAUUAUCACAAGCGAAUAAAGCACAGGAGAUUUUAUUAAUGUAAGAAUAUAUUCAGUAUAUGAUCCCUGUACAUCCAAUAUCAUUUACAGACAUCGACUAACUUUUUCCAUAAACACAACUGGUGUUUCCAAAGUGAUACUUCGGUGAUAUUUGCUGUCAGUUCUUCAACCGUUCAACCCUUCAGGAAUUCCAUAAGAAAUAAUCACAAGGAUUCAAGUGCAGAGAGUAAUGUAACAGAUCAUCCAGUUCCAAAUUGCUCAAGAUAUCAGAAUUGACCCUAUUAUGGAAAUUUUCAUUUAGAAAUGAAUUUCAUUCACUGUAUGUGGCUAUAUCCCCAUUAUUAGAAAAAUGUUUCAUCCAUAUUUACUUCCAGUCCCCGAAAAGUUGAACAAAGUGGUUAUGAAGGUGUUUUAAGUAACAUUCAUCAUUCAUUGUGUUGUCUGAGAAGACUGGGUGAACAAUCUCAGCGGUUAAAUAGCUAGGAGGUAUCACUCACUAACUGAUAAUUUCAUAACUGACAUUCUGUGACAUUAAAUUUGUUAAUGUUGAUGUAGCCCAUUAAUAAAUAUAGGCAAUUAAAACUUCUGUGUCUUUUUUAUGACUAUUUCAUUAUAUGGCAGGAUUGUCUCAUACAAUUAUUAUUAACAUUUAUAGAUAUGAUUUUUUUAAUGAUUGGCCUUCUUGAAUAAAGUAUCUGUUCCAAUUAUAUCCUAAACACUGAAAUAAAUUAAAGUGCAUACUUUUCAUAAACACCAGAUAGAGAAUUUGUUAGAGUAAAAAAAUAAAUAUCUCAUGUCUGUGUCUUGAGGUCAACCAUGCAGUUUUUACAAGAGUUUGAGACUUAUCUACUGAUUUGUAAGUAAUUAUGAAAUAAAGCUAUCAACAGUCCAUCAAAUGAUAGCUAGAGGGAUAAUUAAUAGUAUAUUGAAGGCCUUAGGUAAAUAUAUACUCAUUAAAUUAUUUAUUUAUUUAUUUUGCCUUUUUUAUCUGUUUGUUACAAACUAUUAUUCUUGUAUUCCUGAAGAAAUGUUCGUGGGCUGUACUGAUUAUGAGAUUAUUAAUAUAUUUAGCAGAACAACUGGAAUAAAUAUCAUUAUGAAAGAUGGCUUGUCAUAUCAUCAUCAGUGUUUCAUUACAAAUGUUAGCCAAGGCAUGAUAAAGUGUGACAUAGUAUGCAAUAUAAGAAACACUGCCAAAAUUAUAUCUUGUAGUUUCCAUAUUUAUGGGAUAUCCAAACUAAAACUGUUUCUUUAAGCAAUGAUCUUUGUAACCUUUAUAUGACAAAUACGUGUUUCAUUAGCUAUAUUACCUUCUAAGGCAGCAUAGAGAUUUUAUAUAUUUUCUGUUUCAGAGAUUUAGGGGUGGUCACUCAUAUCAGAAGUUAAGAACUAGAAUAUAAUACAUGCAUUUGAUACCAUCACACCUCCUUGUGCUGAGAGGACAUUGACUACCUUCCUCAUGAAAUUGGUCCUUUUAUAUAAUCUGAUAUAUUCUACUUAGCAGUUUAGGUUAGGUUGUCACUGGGUUGUAUAGAACAAUAAUGUGAUGAGUGGUUACUCAUCAGUAUUUAAUUAAUGUUCCAGGGAUACUAAUUUGUUUUGACUACUCCAGACGCUAUAUUGACAUGCUAGGAAGUUACUGUAUAUGUAUAAGAGGAGUGGCUUGCAAUUAAGGAGCUAUAUUGUCUGUAAACAUCUGAUAUUCUUCACGGUUUAUGACUGGUAAAAAAGAAAACAUUCUUCAGUGUGUUCACUAUAAUAUCACUAUAGGUUAUGUGGCCAAUGUACAGCUUCAUAUGUAGAGAUGUAGAAGAUUUUUAUGGAGAUGUUACCAAAAGGCUGAUUCAGAAUUAAAUUUAUAGAACUUAACAGGAUUAUAAGGGUACUGGGACCUAAGACAUAAGAAUAUAUUCAAAAUAUCUGAAUUUAGAAUUCUUAUUUAUCUACUGUAAUUUCUACAUAUGAUGUUACUUUUGUAGACUUACUCUUUAGGGAUGUUUGAAGUAUUGAUUUGGUAGUAAUCGUUUUCUCUGUGAUAGUUUGUCCAUCUACUAAUAAAAUGGCACAGUGAAAAUGGCUGUCUUCUGGGUCAUUGCACCAUGUAGUCUGGUAGAAGCUUACCAACAUUUUAGACGUGCUUGUUGUCUCCUUCAUUACGGUGAUGACCUCUAAAAUGUCAGGAAACUUCUACCAAACUACAUAACACCACAACCCAGAAGACAGCCUUCAUACUUGCUGUCAUGAGAACCUCAAAUCUCAGAAAUUACAUAUUGUAGUUCUUAACCUCCUUGUUCAUGUUCUGGAAGUUACUGAUUUGUGUUUGGCCUUGAGACAGACUGUUCAUAUUGAUAGAUUUUGUUUUCCUCAGAAUAUCCAGAAAAUGCUGUUAUAAUACAUUAAAUACAAGCAUACUUGAUGUACUGCCUUACAAUUCAUAGUAAUUCUGUUUGUGCAUUUUUAUGAAAUUCCUACUAGAUAAUAUUUGAAACACUUCCAACAUCUCUAACACACAUAGAUAUCUUGUCUUUAUGGAUCCAUGCUCCAAUGUAUAAAAAAUAGAACAUACAAUUAAAGAACUUUGGUCCACUUGAACUUCUAUAGUCUGGCAACCUUUGAAUGUGGGCUGUGCCGGGCCAUGUAUCUUGUACCAUGAGAGGUAAAUUCAACAACUAUGUAAAAUACAGUAAUAUGAGCUACAUUUAAUACACCUAUAUAAAUAAAAAUAUUUUAUUUCAUGCAAAAUGAUCCAUUCCCCAUUCUUGUUUGUGUUGCAGAACUUGGUACUUUUUCCUUCUGACAUAAAUUGCUGAUGUGCAUACAUGUAUGUUUUAUUAAUUGUUGCAUGACAGGUACCCUGACUGACAAAAUGGGAUCCAGCAAAGCUCGGAGCACUGCCAAAUCAAAAGUGUCCAUUUCAAUAAAUACAGCAAAUAAUACAAGUUUCCCCAAAAAUGACACCAGGAAUCUUCCUGAAUCAUAGGACUUCACAUGCCAUAAAAUUUUGGACUAAAGGAGUUCAAGUAUUUGUGAAGUGGGAAAGAUGAGAAAAAUCAGAGCAUUGUACUUGAUGAAAAUAAAAGAGAGAGUAAAUUCUAAA